AUGUAUAAUUUGAAAGUUCAGAAGUUUUUUCAGGUCUUCCAUAAUUCUUACAACUCCUCUCCCAAGGUUGGACCAAACCUCAAAGAUGGAGCAUCAUUGUUUUCAUGCUUAUCUGAUAUAAUUUCUUUGUUUAACUUUGGUGCAUCCAAGAAAAACUAUCUGAAAUCAGCUUUUGCUAGAUUCAAAUAUCAACAAAUUUGCUGGGAAGAUAGUGUAUUAACGAAACAUGUUGAUUAUAAUAACAUGAAUUUAUUGAAAAAUGAAAUUGAAGAUUUUGAAGAAGAAAAUGUUGAUGAGAAGUGUUCUCCACUUAAGCUCAUUGAUGAUUCUUGCUUUAUUUCUCUUGAGUUGAAUGAUUUUUUUGAAUCAUGUCUUCCAAAAUUAUUACAAGGGUGUAAAAAAGUCUUACUUUAUAGUACUUUGAAACAUGGAAUAUCACUUCGCACAAUGAUUCGCAAGACUGCUCGACUUAAUACUCCUGCUUUGCUGGUUGCUGGAGAUAUGGAAGGAGCUGUGUUUGGUGCAUUGCUUGACUGCCCCUUAAUACCAACAACAAAGCCUAAAUAUCAAGGAACACACCAAACUUUUGUGUUUACAAAUAUAUAUGGUCAUCCAAGGGUUUUUCGACCUACAGGUGUCAAUAGAUACUAUUAUUUAUGUUCUAAUGACUCACUUGCACUUGGUGGUGGUGGUGAUGGUUUUGCUUUACGUUUAGAUGGAGAUUUGUUAACUGGAACUAGUGGACCCUGUGAAACAUUUGGAAAUCGAUGUUUGGCUCAUUCUCCAGAGUUUGAAUUAAAGAAUGUUGAGUUGUGGGGUUUCACACAUGCUUGA